AUGGCCGUCGCAAAGCCAACAAACGCCCGGGUCUCCCAGGCAACCGACAUCCUCCUCUCCCCGACCAAACCCACACUCGGACGCUACCGCGCCUACAUCCAUGCGCGCAACCGUUUCUUCUCCGCCUUUCACCCCAAAGGCCGGUUCUUGAGGAUCCCCACCCCCUCGGACAACCUCCUCUGCGGGCUGUACGCCAUUGUCAUUUCGUUUCAGCACCAGCACCCGGGUCUGACACCGGCCCCUACCUUGGAGCACUUGCUGUCUGUCUGUCGGGGUUGCGGUUUUGACAACGAGGGGAAUCUCUCCGGGGAUCAGCUCUCGCUUGUUUUUUCUGCCUGGGGGGACAAGACAGUUUUUGAUGACGGGGGGGAGCCGAACAGGAGGAGGUGUCAGCUGGGGUAUUUGAGUCGGUACAAUGGGCCUGGGUGGGAGGACGAAGCAGAAAAGGGAGAGGAUGUUCCAGUCAUGAUGGGGACUAGGGAGGUGGAUACGGAAGAGGAAAAGGGGGAUAUCCUGAGGCUGUGGGUUUGGAAUGAUGGCGGCUGGGCUGGGGGUGGGAUGGGGCAUUGGGAGGGGAUCAGGAAGGUAGGUGAGGAAGGGGAUGAUGUGUAG